CUGGCUGGUGGCCUGUGGGCUGUGGCUGAGCGGCGCCGCGCGUCCCAGGCCACUACCCCGCCACGGCAAGCUCCCCCAGUUCUCGAUAUCUCUCUCUCUCGAUUCGAUAGCUCCUAUCUCCGAUAAUGGCGACGGCUCACCUCAGCCCUUCUCUCGCGCUCGCGAUGUCGCCGUCGCGUCGCCUAAUCUGCCAGCCACAGCCCGUCUCCGCACAGCCAGGCAGAGCGUUGCUGCGGUCUAGCCCUCUUUCAUUGCCUUCGAGACUCACAGCGGCGGGUGGAGGUGUGUGGCGGGUUGCGGCGGCAGUAGAGCCCAGGACGGUACAGCAGGAAGAGGAGCUGCGGGGGCGGCCGGAAGGAUCGGGUGAGGCCGGCUCGGACGGGGCGGCCGAUGCGUCUUCUAAGCUUGUCCUCGUCGUAGGCGGAACCGGCGGCGUAGGGCAGUUGGUGGUAGCAUCUUUGCUGAGCAGGAAAAUCAAGACAAGGUUGCUCCUAAGAAGUCCUGAAAAGGCAGUGUCCUUGUUUGGCAAGCAAGAUGAGAAUGUUAUGCAGGUUUGUGAAGCGGACACGAGAAAUCCUGAUGCUUUCAAUCUAGAAAUGUUUGAGGGAGUUACACAUGUGAUCUGUACUACUGGGACUACAGCAUUUCCAUCAAAGCGCUGGGAUGGAGACAACACUCCUGAACGUGUAGACUGGGAUGGUGUCCGGAAUUUUGUGAGCGUCAUCCCACGGACAAUCAAGAGACUGGUUCUGGUGUCAUCCAUUGGUGUUACCAAAUACAAUGAAAUACCAUGGAGUAUCAUGAAUCUCUUUGGUGUGCUGAAGUACAAGAAGAUGGGAGAAGACUUUGUCCGUAAUUCUGGCAUACCUUUCACCAUUAUCAGGCCUGGGAGAUUAACUGAUGGUCCCUACACUUCGUAUGAUCUUAACACACUUCUUAAAGCUACAGCGGGAGAAAGACGAGCAGUUGAGAUAGGCCAAGGUGACAAGCUUGUGGGAGAAGCUAGCAGAUUAGUUGUGGCAGAAGCCUGUAUCCAAGCAUUGGAUAUUGAAUCUACCCAAGGACAAAUAUACGAGAUUAGUUCAGUGAAGGGUGAAGGACCUGGGAGCGACCCGGAAAAAUGGAAGGAGCUAUUCGGAGCUGCUGAAUCGAAAUAGUGGCACUCUGUGAAGCACAUAGUCUGGUGCAUUUUAACCUGUACAUUGUAUAGUGUAGGGCAAGUCGACAGAAGAAACACAGUUCAUCAGUGCUUGAGCAGUAACAAUACAUACAUGCGGAUAGUCAUUCUCGUGUAACCAGAUUUGGCAAUGACUUGCAAACUGUUGUCUUAUUGCAACACUAGAAUUAAGGGGCAUCGACGCUAGUGGGUCA